UGCAAUAAGAGAGGUAAAGAAAAUUACAACAAAGUCUAAGAAGUGUGUGUACCUAUCAAACUACAUCAGUCCAACUAGGAGCGGUUGGAUAUUUCUGUAUUUUACCAUGCUGGAUAAAGUGGAGAGCACCUUGAUGCUCAUAGCAGCUGGAGAAUUUGCAAUGGGGAUUUUAGGGAAUGCAUUCAUUGGAUUGGUAAACUGCAUGAACUGGAUCAAGAAUAGGAAGAUUGCCUCCAUCGAUUUAAUCCUCACAAGUCUGGCCAUAUCCAGAAUUUGUCUAUUAUGUAUCAUACUAUUAGACUAUUUUAUACUGGGGCUGUAUCCAGAUGUCUAUACUACCGGUAAAAAAAUGAGAAUCAUUGACUUCUUCUGGACGCUCACCAACCAUUUAAAUGUCUGGUUUGCCACCUGCCUCAGCAUUUUCUAUUUCCUCAAGAUCGCGAAUUUCUUCCAUCCCCUUUUCCUCUGGAUGAAGUGGAAAAUUGACAGUGCGAUUCCUAGGAUCCUGCUGGGAUGCUUGGCCUUCUCUGUGUUUAUUAGCCUUGUUGUCUCUGAGAAUCUGAACGAUGAUUUCAGGUCUUGUGUUAAGGUAAAGAAGAAAACAAACCUAACUGUGAAAUGCAGAGUAAAUAAAGCCCAAUAUGCUUCCGUCAAGAUUUGCCUCAACCUGUUGACGCUAUUCCCCUUUUCCGUGUCCGUGAUCUCAUUUCUCCUCUUGCUCCUCUCCCUGUGGAGACAUACCAGGCAGAUGAAGGUCAGUGCCACGGGGUGCAGGGACCCCAGCAUAGAAGCCCAUGUGGGAGCCAUGAAAGCUGUCAUCUCCUUCCUCCUCCUUUUCAUUGCUUACUAUUUGGCUUUUCUCGUAGCCACCUCCAGCUACUUUAUGCCAGAGACUGAAUUAGCUGUGAUGAUUGGUGAGUUGAUAGCUCUCAUCUAUCCAAGCCAUUCAUUGAUUCUAAUUCUGGGGAACAAUAAAUUACGGCAGGCAUCUCUAAGGGUGCUGUGGAAAGUAAAGUGUAUCCUAAAAAGAAGAAAUCACUAA